CUGAGCAAGGAGCGCUCUCCUCGGCAGCAAACAGGACAAGUGCCUGGGUUGUUGCUUAUAAAACACAAAACAGACUAGAAGAUCGUUGCCUGGAUUAUCUAGAUUGGUAGAGAGAGAUAAUUCCUUUUUACAUCUGAAAUGCCAGACAGUGAGGAUCUGGGACAAGAUGAAAGCUGGAAAAUCAUCCAUUCCAGGCAAGACUACAGACCCAGAAUAAAUCAGUGCAUUUCAGAAACACUGAUGAAUUUAUUUGUAUUUCUUCAAGAAAUGUCCCACUUCAAGGAACAAAACCCUGGCAAGUUUUGCCUACUAGUCUGCAGCAUAUGUACAUUUUUCACUGUCUUGGGAAGUUACAUUCCUGGAGUUGUCCUCUCCUAUGUCCUGUUAUUGUGUGCCUUUUUAUGUCCCUUCCUUAAGUGCAAUGAAUUUGGACAGAAAGUGUGCAACAAAAUUAAGAGUGUUCUGAUGAAACUAGAUUUUGGAAUAGUGGAAUAUAUCAACCAGAAGAAAAAAGAGAGAUCUGAAACAGGAAAAACAAAACCCACAGAAGAUGACAGUGAAUUAGACAUAUCAGCUCUGUGUCCUAAGGUUAGUCCUGCAGUUGUUGCCAAAGAGCUGUCAGUGUCUGACACAGAUGUAUCGGAAGUAUCCUGGACUGAUAAUGGGACCUUUAACUUAUCUGAGGGGUAUUCUCCACAGACAGACACAUCUGAUGAUUUUGACCGACCUAGUGAUCAUGAAGAAGCUUUCGCUAGAGAUCUUUCAGAAUUUCCUUCUUUAGAAAAUGGUGCCGGAACAAAUGAUGACGAUGACUCAAGCAUUGGUAUGCCCAUCCAGCAAAAACGAAAAAAAGAACAAACAUAUUUCAAGGUGGAUCGUGCUUCCAGACAGAGUAAAGAGAGACCAUCCACUGCAGGGCUCUCCUUGCCUUUGACCAGUGACCAAACCUUUAAUUUAGUGAGUGGAAUUGCUGGGGAUGUCAUCGCAGCUGCAGUGUCUGCUGCCAUCAAAGACCAGUUGCAGUCCACACAGCAAGCUUCCUCACAUGCGGUGCCCAGUUUGAGUGAGGAGACAGACACAGAGGAAGCUGAUGAUUUUGAACUGCUUGACCAGUCAGAGCUUGAGCAGAUUGAGAAAGAAUUGGGACUUUCACAAGGCCAAGAAGCAGAAUCCCAGGAAAAGAAAAAAUCUUCAGGCUUCCUUUCAAAUCUGCUUGGAAGUCAUUAACCUGGAAAUUGCAGCUGGUAACAUAGAAGAAAUUAAACAUAAAACACACACACACACAAAAAAAAUCUAAUUAAACAAAAAAAAAAAAAAAAAAAAAAAAAAAUUAAAAAAAAAAAAAAAAAAAAAAGAAAAUUCUGAGCUGUAAGCUUUAACUAUCCCUUUAGAUGUGUUGUAAUAAUUUCCCUUAUGCAGAGUGAAUUUACUGGAUAAAUAUCAGCUGAUACUGAUAGUUUAAUGUUUCUGGUAGUUACACCUCAAUGUAAUAGCAUGGAAAUGAAUUAUCUAUCCACCGGUUGCAGAUGACUGUUGGAGGUCAGUUGUUCAAAAUAGCUGGGGGAGAGGGGGUUUUUUAUCUUUUUGCCAAGCAUGUAUUUUGGGGUCCUGAGCCAAAUUUCCAACAUCAGCAGUUUAUUUAUGCUUGGUUGCCAACCGUGUGCUACAAUUAAUGAUUUACACAGCAAGGGUGAGUUAUCAGAGGAUUGCAAUGAGAUUACCUAAAUCUCACCCCCUUCAUUCACACCAAAAAGUAUGAAACCCCUAAGUUAGCAUUGUAUGUAGUGCAUCUACUGUAUAUGAAACACAUUAACCAGCACAACUGUAGUUUAAAUGUGUGCAACACUAUCAAAGAACUUGAUUUGAUACUUAAACCCUUUGAACUAUUUUGGAUAUGGUGAUGUAUUUCCAAUUUUUUUGCUGUUUUAGGCUUGUAGAGUUGUAAAGUGGCAGGCUAUUUGACUGACCACUGGCUGUGUUCCUUGAUAGAGUCUGGCCCUUGGCAGUAUUGCCCAAAGUCAGCCAACAUACUUUUAUAUUUAAAAGUUAAUAUCAUGUAAACCAAGCAACCUUUUGGAGCUCAGGUGAGGGUAGUUACUGUUUGGAACAGAGGUUAGAGGUUAUAAAAAAAACCAAAAACCAAACAAACCAGAAAAGGCUUUUUAGGUGCCACUUCCUUAAUUCAAGAUUCUGUGGGGUAUGUUUUUUUUUUUUUCCCCAGGACAGCUGCCAUUACUUGCAACAAAAGUUGUGUUGCGAAUUGAAUAUUUUAAGUAAAAUUAUUCAGUGAGGUCAUUUGCUAUAGGAGACACUCAGAAUCUUCUUCUUGGCAUAUAAUUUGAAACAAACAAGAAAUUGUUUAAAUUAUUUGCCAGUUUAAACUCCACACAUCCCAUGGCAUGGGAUCUUAAGCAGGUAACUUAUUUAAUUUUUUCUAGGGCUUUUGUUGUUCACCUGCGGCAAAACUGAACUGUAAUACCAAGCAAUAGUAAUCAAAGACAUAGGAAGAAGUAAAGCUAGUUUUUUUAAUGUGAUGUAAACUUUUAGCGAAGUUGAGGGACCAUGUCAGCUGCUACUACUACUCAAGUGAUUUUCCAUUUGCUGGCAUUUGAAGAGGUGAAUACGGUCAUCUAGGACCCUCAGACAGUACAGCAACACAUUAUAAAAAUCUUCCACUAAUAUAUAUGUGUAGGUAAACCUGUGUUUAAAGUUAACUCCUUUUUUUUUUUUUUUUUUUCCUUUUGAGGUGAAAAAAUAGGCAGAUGGCCAAAAAGAGUGUAGUGAAAAGAAAGAUGCUGAGGAUUUUUGACACUAGCUUUAUCGUUGCUUGUGCUUUUGUGUCAGUAACGCAUAUUGACUGUGUUUGCUGUCCUUCACCAGUACAAAAGUGAGCCUGUGCCUUCAUUAUCGAAUCCAUUACAAACUAAGUGGAUGUUGGAUAUAGGUCCCACAAGAAUGCAGCAUUUGAAAUUAAACAUCUGAACAUUAAAAGCAAGUUUCUGGAAAUUAUUAAAAACACAUGGCCACAUCAGUUCCACAGCAUUGGUUGCUAAGUUUCCUCCUUAGCUUUUCCCAGCCUGUCCUUUGCAUUUGAAAAAAAAAAACAAAAAGCAAAAAACAA